AUGCCCAGCCGUUCAAGAACCCCGAGUCCUCGACCGUCACCCCAACCUGAUCCAUCACGCCGGCAAACACGUCAAAUACACACUAUGGCAGGCACUGCGAGCACUCACCCCGUAGCCCGGUGGUUCAUUGCACAACAGCAUCCGAGCUUAAGCAACACGGAUCCCAAGAAGAAAGCCAUGUGGCGAUGGGCAAACGUGGAGAACCUAGACAACUUUCUGAAAGAUGUGUAUACCUAUUUCCUGGGAAAUGGGUUUUGGUCCAUCUUACUGAGUCGGUCCUUGAAUCUUUUGACGUUUGCUUUCGUGGUUGGAUUUACGACUUUUCUGACCAACUGCGUCGACUACCACAAAGUUCGGGGCAGCAAGUCCCUGGAUGAAAUUCUCGUCCCCAAAUGCACAUCCAAAAUGUCUGGCUCAGCCACGUUUUUACUGUGGUUACUCAGCUUUUUUUGGAUCAGCAAGCUCUUCCAGCUUCUGCUGGAUAUUCGUAGACUCAAGCACAUGCAUGACUUUUAUUACUAUCUGCUUGGAGUGUCCGAUGCUGAGGUUCAGACAAUCUCAUGGCAAGAGGUAGUCAGCCGCCUGAUGACGCUACGAGAUGCCAACCCAUCCACAGCUGCCGCAGUCUCUGCCAAGCACCGAAAGUACCUACGCAGCCAGUCAAAGCAGCGCAUGGAUGCCCACGAUAUUGCCAAUCGCUUGAUGCGCAAAGAAAACUACAUGAUCGCGCUAGUCAACAAAGACAUCCUGGACUUGACGUUGCCGAUCCCAUUUCUCCGCAAUCGGCAGCUCUUCUCGCGGACCCUGGAAUGGAACCUCAACCUCUGCAUUAUGGACUAUGUUUUCAACGAGCAAGGCCAGUUACGAACCAUUUUCCUCAAAGAUACCCACAGAAGAGCGCUGAGCGAUGGUUUACGCCGACGGUUCAUCUUUGCGGGCAUUAUGAACAUCUUCGUCGCCCCUUUCAUCGUGGUCUAUUUCCUCAUGCAUUAUUUUUUCCGCUAUUUCAACGAGUUUAAGAAGAAUCCAGCACAAAUUGGCUCGCGUCAAUACACCCCGCUGGCGGAGUGGAAGUUCCGCGAAUUCAACGAACUUUGGCAUCUCUUUGAGCGUCGCAUCAACAUGUCUUACCCUUUCGCCAGCCGCUACAUUGAUCAAUUUCCCAAGGACAAGACCGUUCAGUUGGCCCGUUUUGUCGCCUUUAUCUCUGGUGCACUGGCUUCAGUGCUUGCGCUUGCCUCGGUGAUCGAUCCGGAACUGUUCCUUGGGUUUGAAAUCACCCAUGAUCGAACGGUGCUCUUCUAUCUCGGAAUUUUCGGUACUGUUUGGGCCUUUGCCCAGGGGAUGGCACCCGAAGAGACCGACGUCUUCGAUCCGGAGUUUGCCCUUCUUGAGUUGAUUGAUUUCACCCAUUAUUUCCCCUCGACGUGGAAAGGGCGCUUGCAUAGUGACGAUGUGCGGAAGGAAUUUGCCGUUUGCUAUCAGCUGAAAAUCGUUAUCUUCUUGGAGGAGAUCUUGAGCAUGAUCUUUACGCCGUUUGUCCUGUGGUUUAGCUUGCCAAAGUGCAGUGACCGCUUGAUCGAUUUCUUCCGCGAGUUUACGGUUCAUGUCGAUGGCGUGGGCUACCUCUGCUCAUUUGCAGUGUUCGACUUCAAGAAGGGCACGAACGUCAUGUCUCAGGGCCCACGUGACAAUGGUCGCCAGGAUCUGCGCGCUGAUUACUUCUCCACCAAGGAUGGCAAGAUGCUUGCAUCCUACUAUGGCUUCUUGGAUCACUACGGGACCAAUCCUCAGACGAACACACGCCGCCCAUUCCAUCCACCCCCAGGCUUGCCCACUCUCGGGUCUCCCGAGCUGAGGGCCUUGCCCGAACGAUUCGAGCAUUCAACUCGGUUUGGCCCAGCCGGUGGACCAUGGGGCCCGCAGUCCAUUGUUGCCGCCUCCAGAUUCCGGCCGGCACCAACAGGCGAACCCCGCUCUCCAGGCCCUUCCAUCCUCUUGGACCCGCAUCAUCAACCCUCUAGCUCCGGCUUCCGCCCUGUGGCACGUCACGCACCUCACCAGCGUUCUCGACUGGCACGGUCACAGCUACCCAUCGCCAGCACCAUCGAUGACGAAGACGCACAGUCUCCGGAACCCCGUGAUUCCACAGCGCGUCAGCCAGGCGUUGCUUCCAGUGGGGGUGCUGGUACUGGCGAGAGUAGCUUGGGCGAUUCAUGGCGCAUGAAUCCCCUUGGUCAGGAAGAGGACGUAGAUGAAGGUGAUGAGGGGGAGAAUAUCGACGCCAUUGCCGGGGGUGCGGGUGUGCUUGGUCUCAUUCAACAGUUCCAGAAGGCGAAUACUGAGGGUAGACGGGCUCCCGUGGGGAUCUAG